AUGGAUAGCAUGAGUGAGGCAUUUGAUCAAAUGCAAAUGGUCAAGGAUGUUAUGCCAACAGUGAUAAAGUUUCAGAGGUUCUACAAGAGUCUACUCAUCAGUUCAACCUGCUUACUUCACCCACUUUCCUACCAAAGGUCAAGGAUCAAGGGAAAUUCACUCUCCCUUGCACACUUGGGCAUCUUGAGCUUGACAAUGCCUUGUGGAUUCUGGAGCAAGCAUCAAUCUGAUCUCUCUCUCAUGGCAGAGAAGCUAGGCAUUGCUGGAGCCUUGCAGCGCCCUACUACUUCAAUCAUGUUUGGAGAUGCAACUUCUAAGUCUCCUCUUGGAGUGUUCAAGAACUAUCACUUGAAAAUUGGAGAAUGCAUCAUCCAAACUGAUCUCACUGUGAUGGAAAUGGAAGAAGAGAAGGAUCUACCUCUGCUAUUGGGAACCCCUUUCCUUAGUACAGUUGGCGCUUCAAUAGACUUUCACAAGCAAGAAGUGAUCCUUCACAAGGUGAAUAGUUUGGUGUCAUAUCGCUUGCAGCCUAGAGGUUCAGACUUUUGUGCCACAAUUGACAGUACUGAAGAUGAGAUGCUCGAUCGAGUUGAAGCUUGGCCGGUCGAGUUGAGGAACUCGACCGGAUGGUCGAGUAGGUGGUCGAGCUGGUCUUCAAGAUGGCUUCCUCCUUCUUCCUUUGCGUAUCCAGUUGAGCUGCGUCCAUGCACCAAGUCCUUCCUUGCUCCUCACGUCCCAUAUGCUCCAAAAUGCUCCAAAAGACCUAUUUCAAAGGACCAAACAUGCAUAUGGACACAAGGAGCAUGGAGGGACUUGGCACAUGGAAGCAGCUCAACUGGAUACGCAAAGGAAGAAGGGAGAAGCCAUCUUGAAGACCAGCUCGACCGUCCACUCGACCAACCCUGUUGUUUCAUACUCUCAAAGAGUAACAAGUUCCCAUUUUGGAUUGAUAACCUCUUAUACUUCAAUGACUAUGAUGUUACUCAUCAGUUCAACCUGCUUACUUCACCCACCUUCCUACCAAAGGUCAAGGAUCAAGGGAAAUUCACUCUCCCUUGCACACUUGGGCAUCUUGAGAUUGACAAUGCCUUAGUGGAUUCUGGAGCAAGCAUCAAUCUGAUCUCUCUCUCCAUGGCAGAGAAGCUAGGCAUAGCUGGAGCCUUGCAGCGCCCUACUACUUCAAUCAUGUUUGGAGAUGCAACUUCUAAGUCUCCUCUUGGAGUGUUCAAGAACUAUCACUUGAAAAUUGGAGAAUGCAUCAUCCAAACUGAUCUCACUGUGAUGGAAAUGGAAGAAGAGAAGGAUUUGCCUUUGUUAUUGGGAACCCCUUUCCUUAGUACAGUUGGCGCUUCAAUAGACUUUCACAAGCAAGAAGUGAUCCUUCACAAGGUGAAUAGUUUGGUGUCAUAUCGCUUGCAGCCUAGAGGUUCAGACUUUUGUGCCACAAUUGACAGUACCAAUCUCAGUUCUAAGAGUCAUGGAGCUACAAAGGUUGUGAAGGAAAGGGUUGACAAGGAACCAAGAGUUGGGAAGGAUAAGGAUGAGAGAGGACCAAGGAUUGAGAAGCCACGUCUUGAGAGGGCUAGAGUUGAGAAACCACGAUCUGAUAGGCCAAGAGCUGAGAGACUUGUUCAAGCCCCUUGUGUGCUUGAUGAAGAGAGCCUUCAAGCUUUGUUUGAUGAGCCACUAGGAAGGGCUCUACAAGAAGGGGAGGAUGCAGCCUCUAAGGCAAGACCAGGAGAUAAAAGAAAGGAUCCACCAGCUCAGGCCCCUUCAGUCAAGCCAUCUCAGCUCACAAUGACUUUGUUCCCCACCAAGUUUGAAAAUGGGAAGAUUGAGUACAAGAUAAGGUACAAGGGGAGAUCAAGGCCAUUCUCUAGAGCCAAGGCCUUGGUGACUUCAGAACAGUCCAGGGACCCAACCAAGCUAAAGGAGCUUCUGUCUCAAGUCCUCACUAUCACCCUUGAUGGUGGGACUAGCUCAACCAAUGCCUAA